UUUUUUUUUUCCUCUUCCACGUUUCUACCUUCUCUAUAAAUUUCUCCCUCUUCUCUUUGAUCCCCUUCUUUCCUCUCUGUUUUCUCGAUUCUUCUUCGUCCCCUCUUGCCUUGCUCUGCGUCUUCUAGAUCGUCGCGGAUGCCUCCCUCGCGAAUGGUGGAAGUAAUGGAGAACAGGCGGCGCGACGCGAUGGGACUGUGCAAGCGGAGUGUGAGUUGCGCCCAUGAACUCCAAAGACAGCAUUUUUUUCUUCUUUUUUUGGGAAGAAGAGAAUCCCUUUGUUGUUAUUUUAAUCCCCCUUGACCGUGGAUUCAUGGGGGGAGAGUAGAAAUAACGGCGGGAGGAGGGGAUAGAGAGAUAUGUUGUGCCUGAAAGCUGUAGCUUUGGCCAACGAGAUGUAUUCCUCCCAUGGCGUCAUGCUUCCGGCGAAUCUCAAGUCAAAAAAAGAAAAGAAAAGAAAUCUUCGAUCCGUUUCAUUUGAUGGCGAAUUAUGGGUUUCCGCGACCAGGGGAAGAUCGCUGCAGAAGGUGAUGCACAAGGUGGGGAAGAAUCGCAGUGAGGAACCACAGUGUCGGCGCUCACGCUCGGAUCCGUCUUCGUGUUCCUCCGGUGAUGGCACUCCGAGCUGUUCUGGUCUAGAUGCUAGCAAGAGUUAUGAUGGCACAAUGGAAGGGAGGCGCCACAAAAUGUGCAACUAUAGAUCUCAGCUCGAAGAGGAAGACUGAACUGAGAAUAUCCGACCAUCAGAGUCACAAUUAACCAAUUCUUUGUUUGACUGAUUGCAUCAAAUCUGAUUGACAUUUCUCCUCUGGUAUUUUGGUCGUAGAAGACUAUAGUUGUAUAUUUGUUAGCAUUGGCCGGAUUCGGAGGCUUCAAAAAUUAUAAGCACAUUUUUCUUUUAGCUCCUUUUUUUUCAUACUAUACUAGAACACCUUCGAAUGCAUGGUGAUUCUGA